GUACUUGGAGAGAUCUGUGAGCAAGGAUAUUCAGAUGCUCUUAAAUUCUUAAAAGAGAAUGGUAUUCUGAAGGACUCAAUUUAUAUCCACUUGUCCCUCACAAAAAGAAAUCCUAAUGAGGCUGUGCAACACAUUGACCAUAUGAAGAAAAAGAAAUUGACAGAAAAUAAUGGAGUAGAAACUUUGAAAACGGAAGUACUUAACGACCAGCUGAAGCAAAAUCCAUGGCCUUUGGAGAAGAGCAUAUUUGAGAGUCUACCUCCCAGACUUCGUAAAGCACUGCAGGAAGCUUGUAAAGAACAGAAUGGAUUCUACGCUCAGUUCUCUAAACUCUUCCCAAUGCGGGUGAUAUCGUAUCUGAUGCUACCAUAUACACUGCCAGUGGAGUCUGCUUACUCUGUUGCUUUACGGUUAGUAAACUGGUUUCCUGACAUGCCUGCUGAUGUUCGAUGGAUGCAAGAACAGCUUUGUCGGAUUGCUGGUACAGUUUAUUCACAGGCUAAAAGCAAGCUGUUCUGUACAUCCAGGAAAGACAAUUUUGCAUCACUAAGAAAAUGUCAAACUGUCUCAUCUACUAUGGAAUUUAAUUCUUCUUACAGCCACCUUAAAAUGCCUCACUCUUCUGCGGACCUUGAAACCUUGUUCUGGGAAUCUUCAUACUUCAUGCACUCAGCUAUGAAAAAUGCUUCUGCUAAGAUGCAGGAGCAUUCAGACUUAAAUUCCUAUCCUAAUUUUCUCCCAAAUUCUGAGGAGUCUGGGUUGGAAAUAGAAUUUGAGUCUUCCUCAGAGACAAGUUUCCAAACUGCUCCAGAGUAUUAAUUUGAAAAUAGGUUUCACAGUUUCCAAAAUUCCAGUUUGGCAGAGAAAUUUAAAUCCUAAAGGACUAAAGAUUGCUAUGUUUAUUGCCAAUAAGUCUUGGAAAGUUACUUGUUUACAGCUUCCUGACAAAUCUGCCUUGGGAAUUCUACUGUUUUAAGGAUUAUAAAAACAGUGGCUGCUAUACUAAGUAACAGACUACAAUUCUGUUGAAGCACCAGCUCAAUCAAC